CUCUCCGGAGAGGACCUUGAUGGUGCAGUUAGGAUCUUCUGGCUGGUGUUUGGAUUCUUGCUUGUUGCUGCAGACUACCUACGCCCGGGGCCCAGCGCAGUGGAGUCAGGUUGCGCGUGGGCAACAUGAAGCGCCUGGGCUCGGUGCAGCGGAAGAUGCCGUGUGUGUUUGUGACGGAGGUGAAAGCUGAGCCUUCAGCCAAGCGAGAGCAUCAGCCCUUUAAAGUUUUGGCAACUGAAACUCUAAGUGAAAAGGCGUUAGAUGCAGACGUGUAUAAUGCGGUUGCAACAGAAAAAGUGGAUGGAACAUGCUGCUAUGUUACUAACUACAAAGGUCAGCCAUACCUUUGGGCUCGACUAGAUAGAAAACCUAACAAGCAGGCUGACAAGAGAUUUAAAAAAUUUCUACAUUCAAAAGAAAGUGCAAAAGAGUUUCACUGGAACACUGAGGAAGACUUCAAGCCUGUCCCAGAGUGCUGGAUACCAGCAAAGGAAAUAGAAAAACAAAACGGGAAGCCAGUACCUGAUGAAAAUGGACACAUUCCUGGUUGGGUACCAGUAGAGAAGGGCAGCAAGCAAUAUUGCUGGCACUCUUCGGUAGUGAAUUACGAGUUUGGAAUUGCCCUGGUACUAAGGCACCAUCCUGAUGAUCCCGGAGUUUUGGAAAUUAGUGCUGUUCCCCUGUCAGAGCUUUUAGAGCAAACUCUGGAGCUGAUAGGAACAAAUAUCAAUGGAAACCCCUAUGGGCUGGGAAGCAAGAAAUCCCCGUUACAUUUUCUCACACCACACGGAGCAUUCCAGGUCAGAAAUCUGCCCACACUGAAACACAAUGACCUGCUGUCCUGGUUUGAAGACUGCAGAGAGGGUCAAAUUGAAGGGAUUGUGUGGCAUUGCGGUGACGGCUGUUUAAUUAAGGUCCAUCGUCACCAUCUUGGUUUAUGCUGGCCACUUCCAGAUACUUACAUGAAUUCCAAACCAGUUAUUAUUAACAUGAACCUGAACAAUUAUGACUGUGCUUUUGAUAACCAGUCUUUGUUUAAUCAAUUUUCAAAAAUAGAUAAACAGAAAUUUGAUAGACUCAAAGACAUAAUACUUGAUGUAUAAAAUGGAACUAAUUGUUGAGAUUAUUGUGAUUUUCUAAGAUUGAAUAGUUUGCUAGGUAUUUAUAGAAAUCAUCAUUAGGAUUUGACUAUCUUAACACAAAAAUAAAUAUAAAAUAAUCAAUUUUAAAUAGUAAAAUUGAUAUAAGCUCACCUUUAUGCUUUUUGAAAAUUUAAGUUAUUAUGAAAAUAGGAAUAUUUAUCAUAGCUCAUUGUGUACUCUAUAGUCAUAAAUUAUUGAAGUCUUCAAAAAUAUACUUUUCUAACAAGUUAAAACUAAAUAUGAUUUUUAAGCAAAAAAAAUACAAUAUUUUGAGAUGUAAAUUCUAUAAUACAGAGACUGCUUAAUUUCCAGCUGAAACUUUUUUCACUCAUAAAAUAGUUUUAAAUCUACAGUUAAAUGAGGACAUUAAUAAAUAGGGAAACUAUUAGGACUUUCUC